AUGAUUCGGCUAAUAACGGCAUUCCUGUCCCUUUUUUUGUCUUUGGUUAUUGCAGACCCAGACCCAGCAAUCAGCUUCGGUGCUCGCUUGCUCGAUCCUAUCUCCACUGGAACCUGGACGGCCAAUACCACCGGUAGCCAACAUGUUGGCAUCCGACGGGAGAGUUUUGCAUUCCAGGACCGUCAAUUGAACGUGAGCUGGUGGUAUCCUGCUACUAGAGAGGACAACGCAGUACCGUUCACCAAUGCUGGUGGUCUUGUCGGAGAGGCCGUCCAUGAUGCACCGCUCGAUUCGUCCUACGGCCCUCAUGGAUACAUUGUUGCCAGUAUCAAACACCUCGAUGCGACUAAAGCCGAAGCAAAGGCCAAUCCUCUCGCGCUUCUCAAAGCAAAGGAAUAUCAAGAAGAGCAGAACGGGAGCUACGCUGUGUGGCUCACGUAUUCUUGGUGGUUCCGGACAACACAUCAGGGGCUCAAGUAUCGCCCACAAGAGAUAGGCUUUGUGAUUGACAAGGCUAUCCAAGCAGCGUUAGACGAGUCAUACCCUUUUCAUGGCAAUAUCGAUACCGAAAAUAUUGGGAUGGCGGGGCAUUCACUGGGAGGAUUCUACACGCUUCUCGUGGGAGCUGGCAUGGCCGAGCAGAAUCUGCUGAACCCCAUUCUCACUGAAGUCAACUUCUGCGCCUGGCCUGAGUCAAGGAACUUCAGCUCCCCUACAGACCUCCACGAUUCCCGGAUCAAAGCCGCAAUCUCGCUUGCACCCCCAGUGUUCAUCAAACCGUCGGAAAAAACCCGAGGAGCCAACAGCAUCAAGAAGCCAUUGAUGAUCUUGACAGGUAACGACCCUUACUACGAAUCGACGCUCGAACCGCAACGGCAGAUUUACGAUGGCGCCGCAGGGCCCAAGCAUAAGGUUGAACUCAACGCAAUCAACCACAUGUUGAUCGCUGACACGUAUCAAUACAAUGAUGAGCUCACAGCGAACGUCCCUGCUUAUCUUAAGAACAACGUUUCAAUAAAGGCAGAUGUAUACAUGGCUUACUCUUCUGCCUUUUUUGACAUGUAUCUAAAGAAAGAUGAUUCCAAGAAGGAAGUCCUCCAGACGUCGUAUUCAUCUCUCGUCGCUGCCUUCGAUUAUUUGGAAUAA